GCAGGUAUAGCCUCCCUCUGAUUCUCUUCCUGGUUCCCGACACACAGUCUUCAGGAUAGAAGCCAUGGAGCUGCUUUGAAGAGUCCAGCCAGCAUCACUCCGGCGCAGAGAUUCAGAAUGAAGGAUUGACAUCACCAAAGCCCCCCUGCGACUCCACACUAGAAUAAAAGAGCCGGAUUCAUCUCUCCGGUGUCUUCCAUCGGAGAUCUCCAUCAAGGGCUGGGAGUGGCCGCUGGCUUUGUGAGAGAGGAGAGGAGAGGAGAGGAGAGGAGAGAUUCACACCCUGAGAUGCUCUGCAGGCUGGAGGAGGAAGAGGAGAUGUCUCUACUGGAGCUUCAGCAGAGGGUGGAGUGUGUCCUCACUCAUGUUGAUGAGAUUAUGCAGCAGGAGAUCAGGCCAUUACUGGCUGUCGAUAUAAUUGAACAACUACACAGGCAGUUUGCUCUUCUUUCAGGAGGAAGAGGAAAAGAUGGAUCUCCUAUCAUCACCUUCCCAGAGUUCUCAGGUUUUAACGAGGUGACGGAUGAGGAAUUCGUUAACGUCAUCACAUACCUGACCAGCAUACCAAGCAUGGAUGCUGCAAGCAUCGGCUUCAUCAUCAUCCUGGACCGCAGGAAGGACAAGUGGAACUCGGCAAUCACGUCUCUGUCACGGAUAGCGGGCUCCUUCCCAGGAAAUCUACAACUUGUGCUGGUUCUGAAACCUUCACGCCUCCUCCAGAGGGCCAUCGCUGAUGUCAGUAUGCGGUUACAUAGGGAUGACUUCAAAUUGAAGGUACCGAUUGUUAUGCUAAAUUCCCUGUCAGACUUGCAUGGCUACAUUGACAAAGGCCAGCUGACCUGUGACUUGGGAGGAAGCCUGGAAUAUUGCCACAGUCAAUGGAUUCACCAUCGCACAGCCAUCGAGAACUUUGCGUUAACAGUGAAGAGCACAGCACAGAUGCUUCAGCAGUUUGGAACGGACCUGGCAGAAACUGAGCUUCCCAAUGACGUGCAGUGCACCAAAGAUUUGCUUAUCACACACACCGAAAAACAUGAUAAGCUCAAGGAAGAGCUAAAAUUGGCAGUGAAACAAGGUCAUACUCUGCUGACCUGUAUCAAAGACCAGGCCAGCAAAACCGAGAGCCACGUUUUGAAUCCAGAUGAGGUAGAGAACCAAACAACUGUUGAGAGGUUGUUAGCGCAGCUCGAUGAGACGGAGAAUGCGUUUGAACAGUUCUGGUCGAGGCAUCACCUCAAAUUAGAGCAGUGCUUACAGUUACGACACUUUGAGCAGGACUUCAGAGAGGUGAAAGUUUCUCUGGAUGGCCUGAUGGAAGCGUUAUUGGGGCUGUCUGACAUCGGGGACUGCGUGGCCCGGGUCGAUCUCCUACUUGGGGAACUGAAAACCUUGGAGGACAAAGCUCAGGAGUCCUUGGAGAAAGCUCAGCUUCACGCUCAGCAUGGGGACCAGCUCAUUCAAAGCAACCAUUACGCUGUAGACUCGAUCCUCCCAAAGUGUGUCGAACUGCGUCGGGUCUGUGAUGACUUCAGCAAUGAGGCCAAAAAGAAACGUGACAUUCUAACCAAAUCACUUGAAAUACACAAAGGAAUCGACGAGGUGAACCAGUGGUGUGAAAGUGGAGUGUAUCUGUUGGCCUCUCAGGCGGUAGACAGAUGCCAGACCCAGGAAGGUGCAGAAGCAGCACUGCAGGACAUCGAGAGGUACAUGAAAACAGCCAAAGAGCAGCAGCUCAGUCAUCUCAAAGACCUCGGCAACCAGUAUGAGAUCAUCCUCUCAGAGCUGGUCAAGAGCAAAGCCCAAACUGCUCUUAAAAGGCUAGAUGAUGUUCAGGAGAUGUUUGAGAAAAGACAUGCAAGUCUGAAAAAGCUGUCUACAAAGCAAACGAGGCCAGUGCAACCUGUUGCACCUCGACCAGAAUCUUCACCAAAACGCAGUUCACCUAAAACCCCACCACCCACUGCAGCUGCAUCAAAUCGCAAAGCUACAGAGAACUCCUGUACCAAUAAGCAGCCCAGUGAUGCAGAGCUGGCAAGGAGGAAAAAUAUUCGCAAAGCCAAAGGUGGAAUCAAGAUUGAGGUCAUGCACGAAGGAGGCCAAGGUGGUUCGACUCAUGUUCUCAUGAACAAUGAAACAGAAGAGUCGCUUUCAAACAGACGCAGUCACAUAAUGAAUGAAUUGAUUGAGACGGAGAGGCUGUACGUGGAAGAGCUGCAGAGCAUCAUAGAGGGAUAUGCCGCUGCACUGGAUGACCCCGAGCUAAUCUACUUGAUCCCACCGUCUUUGGAAAACAAGAAGGAUGUUCUCUUCGGCAAUCUGCCACAAAUCUACGAAUUUCACCAGAAGACGUUUCUUAAAGAGCUGGAAAACUCUGCAGAAAAGCCAGAGUUGGUAGGGAUAUGCUUUUUGAAGCGGAAGGAAGAGUUACAGAUUUAUGAGAAAUAUUGUCAGAAUAAGCCACGCUCUGAGGCUCUGUGGCGCCAGUGUGGGGACAGUAUGUUUUUUCAGGAGUGUCAGAAGAGGUUAGACCACAAGCUUUCACUAGAUGCGUAUCUGCUAAAACCUGUGCAGAGAAUCACCAAGUACCAACUGAUGUUAAAGGAGAUGCUGAAGUGCAGUAAAAACUCAGAGGGAACCGCCGAGCUAGAAGAAGCGCUGGCCACAAUGCUGGACAUCAUCAAAUCGGUCAAUGACUCCAUGCAUCAGAUCGCCAUCACUGGUUUUGAGGGUAAUCUUAAUGAUUUGGGCAAACUGCUCAUGCAGGGCUCGUUUAACGUUUGGACAGACCAUAAGAAAGGUCACAGUAAGGUGAAGGACUUGGCACGCUUCAAACCCAUGCAGAGACAUCUCUUCCUCUAUCACAAAAUCCUUUUGUUCUGCAAGAAACGUGAGGAGACGUCUGAUGGUCAUGAGAAAUCCCCUUCCUACAGUUUCAAGCACUCAUUAAAGAUGAGCUCAGUGGGAAUCACAGAAAAUGUAAAGGGAGACAUCAAGAAGUUUGAAAUCUGGUACAAUGGCAGAGAAGAAGUUUACAUCAUUCAGGCCCCUUCCAUGGAUGUGAAGAACACGUGGGUGUCAGAGAUCCGCAAAGUCUUAACAAGCCAACUGGAGGCCUGCCGAGAAGCCAGUCAACUCAAUCAGAAGAUUACAGAGAACAUCUACCAUGCUCCCAUGAGAUAUAUGCGCAAAACAGCUCUCCGACAGUCGGACUCUUCCAGUCCUGAAACAGGCUACAGACGUGACACAGGCCCAAAUAUGCGUCAGAAACGAGCUGAUGCUUCAGCCAGCCUCGGCUCAGAGCGAUCUGCUCUUGCUAGAAAGCGCUUCACCUUACAGGGCCUGUCAAACCGCAGGUCUCUUCCCGCAGAAGCUGCAGCCAAGGAGACUGAAGUCACACGCCGCUUUUCUUUAGCCUCGACUGUCAGCUCCGCUUCUGCACCGCGCACUAAAGUUCCUCUCUCCUCUAGCCUUAAGAGCAAGAGGCAUCAGAUCAAGAGCGACCCUACACCUUUUGGCUAUGAAGACACCAUACGAGGUGCACUUCCCGCUGAGAGCAAAAGUAAAGGUACCGCCGGUACCAAGCCUGCUGUGCCGAGGUCUGCGUCUCAACCAGGAUGGAAUCAACGUCGUCUGCCAUCAAUGGACGCCGAGGAUUUUGAGACCAUUCCUUCUAGUGCUGAAGAACUCUCCAUUUCUUCAGAUGGAGAGGAUGAAGGACAUAACAAAAACGGGGAUAAUGAUCGCUAUCAGGUGCAGCUGACAUACGAGUCGGGAACCGCCCAGGAUCUUUCCGUAGAGGCUGGAGAGUUAGUGCAAUUCCUGGAAGAGUCCGAGAAUGGCCACUGGCUAGUCAAGAACCUUAGAACUCAGAAGACAGGACUGGUGCCGCCCACUGUCCUGCAGUCCACAGCAGAAGAAGUAGACCUUUACAGUAACUCCGAUAUUUUCAGUGACCUCUGCACAGCUGCCCUUACCAAUACAGAGGACGCUGACGACGCAUGCUGAACGUCCCGUGAUGUGUCCUCGCUUCCCCCAUGCUUAUAUACAUCAUACUCGACAACAGCUUUUUGUAAUACCACACAGACGUCUGCUACGCUGAAGGAAUAGAUCAACUCUGCUGCUAUACGAGCGUUCUGAAGAGACAAUCAGAACAGAUUCCGGUCUCGUCCGGCCUUCUCCGGCGCUGACGUGACAUUGACAACAUUCUGCAGUCGUGAGUCAAAAAUUUCAGCAUGCAGCCUUCGUGCGUUCACUCUGCUGUGCCUUAGCAGCAAACGCAGGGGUAUUUGAAGAGAAAUAUCCGGAUAUAACCUCAAAAGACCUCUGUGAACACCGGGCGUUGUGACGUGGCCAUUUGAAAACGCUGAGAGAAAGAGACUCAAGACCGUUCCGUCCUGCUGAAACUUCCACUGAAAUGCUUAAACUUGAUUUGGUUUGUUGUUCAAAAACACAGCACUUUUGAUGAAUUAAUAUUCUCUAAUGUACAAUAUUUAUACUCUUUUAUAUUCUGACGUGAAAGUCGCAUAAGCCAUCUGUAAAGCUUUGUUGCUCAAGCUGAAAUAUCUGUAAUCCUCCUGAAAUAUUUGCCUCUAUGCGUGAUAUAUUCAUCCCUAUCAUGGUCUGGUUGUAAAUAAUCUCGAAACCUAGUAAAAAUGUGUAAUAUUUACAGAUUUUUAUAUAUAUAUUUCAGAAAAUGAUUGUUGUAGCAUAAAUGUUCCAGCUUUGCUGUUGUUUUACUACGGAGGCGUAUUGCAUUCACUUGAAGAAAACAAAAUCUACUCUGUUUUUCUGAAUUAACGAGUUAAUUUUU